GGGCCUUCAUUGGGCCGCCCAAGAUUCUCGGAGUCACCACAAACGGUCCACACAAAAUAUUCUCCCAAAUCGAGAAACUACUGAAAGCUUCAAACUGAAAACGACUGCGACACAAAUGGCGAUCUCCAUCUUCAAAUUCCACAUUCUUCGCCCGCGCACUACUUCUCUAUGGCCGCCAAGCAAUGCAGUCUUCAGCUGUAGACGAUUCCUCGACCUUCCUCUUCUUCUACGCUCUCGUCCUCUUCAUUCUCUUCCUCAUUCUCUUCCGAUUCUCCAUCAUUCCCAUCUUCCUCCUCUUACUCUUCCUCCUCCUCUCCUCCGACGUCAUUUUCACACUCCUCGCCCUUCUAUGUCCGCCGUGAAUUCCUCCACCGCCUCCGACGGCCCCAUCUCCUCCUCCGCCGCCGAUAAAACCGUGAAGGUGGUGAUAAAGGGGAGGGUGCAGGGGGUAUUCUACAGGAACUGGACUAUUGAUAAUGCGAGGGAAUUAGGGUUGAAGGGGUGGGUCCGGAACCGGAGGGAUGGGGCAGUAGAGGCUGUGUUCUCCGGUGUCCCGGAAAAGGUUCAAGAGAUGGAGCAACGCUGCAGGAGAGGACCGCCCGAUGCUAUGGUGACGGGCCUUCAGGUCUCCCCCUGCACCGAUGAUCCAGGGACGACAUUUGAACGCAAGCCAACCGUUUGAUGAAAUGUAUCAAGGUAUAUAUGUAUACAUUUUUCAUACAUGUAUAUGCUUUAAGGAAAUAAUUUACUUGAACUAGUGCUGCUCAAGUACUAGUAAUCUUGUAUGUCUUUAUCCUCAUCACAGUGUGAGGAUUUAUGGGGUUGCAUUUCGAAUGUGCCUAUAUAUUUUACUAGGAUUAUGGUGGA